AUGUUGGCACUACUGCACCGCUUUCUUGAUUGGGUGAAAAGUUUAUUCUGGAAGGAGGAGAUGGAGCUGACACUAAUUGGACUUCAAUAUUCCGGAAAGACUACUUUCGUCAAUGUAAUUUCGUCUGGAAAGUUUUGCGAAGACAUGAUCCCCACAGUUGGAUUCAACAUGCGGAAAGUCACCAAGGGGAAUGUUGUCAUUAAAGUUUGGGACAUAGGUGGCCAGCCAAGAUUUCGAAGUAUGUGGGAAAGGUACUGCAGAGGAGUCAAUGCUAUCGUGUACAUGGUUGACUCAGCAGACCAUGAAAAGUUAGAACCAUCAAAAAAUGAACUUCACAAUUUGCUUGACAAGCCCCAACUUGCCAAUAUUCCCAUUCUGGUAUUGGCCAACAAGAGAGAUCUUCCUGGUGCUCUUGACGAGAAUGAAGUCAUUGAUCAACUAAACCUCUCCAGUAUUCAAGACAGGGAAGUGUGUUGCUACUCCAUAUCAUGUAAGGAACAGCAGAACAUAGAUAUAACGCUACAGUGGCUCAUAAAGCACUCAAAGUCAAGGGUACGCGUUUGA